AUUGCUAAUCAUUAUUUGCCUGGGUAAAGGAGAAGAUACUUGUGCGGAAAACGUGGUCGAUGUUUGUGGAAAUCCAAUUCAAGAUUUGAAAUUUCCAAAAAAUAACAGCGAGAUGGAAUCACUUUGCCUAAAAUUAAGAACAUUUGCUGAAUGCGUAAUUAAUUAUAAAGAAGUAUGUCCUAAGGCUGAUGAAUCGUCUUUGCGAGUUGCUGGACAAUCUUUGGAAUUCGCCCAUUCCUUACUAAAAACGAGCAAUACAUUUUGCUCGAAAGAUUCUGCCUGGUUCAAAGGAGUUAUUAAAUAUGGCAGCUGCUACGACAAUUUUCUUGGUACUCGAGAAAUCUUGGAGAAAUGCUCAGCAGAUAAAGUGAACAAGUUUCAUCUCUUCUAUUCCGAUCAACCCAAUGAAUGGCAAUGCUACUAUGACAUUACAAAUACAAUUUGCGUAAUUGAUAAAAUAUCGAGAAUGUGUGGAAAAAUGGCUACGGAAAUGGCACUGCAUUUCAUCAAUGGGGUGGGAUUCUGGAAAACAUUUUGUUUGAAUCAAACAGAAGAGGCUAUGGAGAAAAUGGAAAAUUUAGAAUUUACAUUUGAGCCAGAAACGUCAAAGGAAGAAUUUGUUGCUCUCUUUGAAAAUGUCUCAGAUAGUUAUGGAAUAAACAAAGCUAUGUGCUUAAGUAACUAUAGAGCUUUAUGUCAAGAUCCUGGUGAUUUCUUCCAUGAUGUUCUAGAAAAUUCUGCUAAUUUGAGUGCAAAAUGCAAGGAACAUAUAAAGUACAGAGAGUGUUCAAUUGAUUACGAAAAAAAAUGUAAUGAGAAAAUUGGGGGAAUGUCACUCCCUGAAGACCUUGAAACUCUGAAUACAUUUUGCAACGAAAAUUCUGUUUUGUUCCAGGCAUUGGCAGAUAGAAUGAAAUGUUUCAAUGAAUUUUAUCAAUUUUAUGGAAGGGAGACAGAGAAUCGGAUUGAUAAAUGCCGAGAUGAUGAAAUUAUUUUUAAAGACAGAGAAAAGUAUGUACAGGUAUACAGUCGACCAUAUCCGGAAGAUUAUGGAAUAGAAUUCUGCUUCUAUGAUCUCGAGUACAUGAAAUGCCUAGCUGAUGUAAUAUCAGAAGACUGUGGAGAGACUGCUAAAGAAUUAAUGUUGCAAGCCUUGAAACUCAACAAAAUGCAAUAUUAUACGGUGUGCAAGCAUUUUCCGAAAAAAGCCGAACUUUUCAUGGAAGAAUUAGAUUUCAACUUGAAUCCAAAAUAUUCACUUGAGGAUUUCAUAAGUCUUCUUGAGAACGGAGUCUGAGGAAACUUCCAGAAACCUACUUUUAAUACUACCUCAAUUUCAGCACAAAUAAAACAUAAAAAACUAAAAAAAUUGUCACACGUGUAAAAUCUGUAAAAAAAAAGCAGAAAUUUUGUACAUAAUUACUUACCAUACACAAAUUCACAUUUCCUAGCCAAUCAAUACCUAAUAUACAUUCCAAUAUUCUUUACUGGCCAAGAGCAUAAAUAUGUUCGAAGACACGGCGGACUUAUCUGUCUAUUUUAAUACUCUGACUACUAUUUCACGCAGUACAUUCAAUAGAAAGAGUUUUCUGUAGGAUUUGUAUAACAAUUUUAUAAUAUGAGUAAUGAAUAAUUAAUAAAAACUUCGUUAUAAGUUAUUGAAUUUUAGAUGAAUUAAUUAUGGUUGGUUUUCUAUACUAGGAGAUCAGAAUUGAAAUCAACCAUGGUGGCUCAUGGGAUAGAGCACUCACCUCCCAAUGAGGUGAACCGGGUUCGAAUCUCGGCAAUGGCUGACUGAUUCGAAUUGCCAUCCGGCUAGCACCGACCUCAGUGCUGACGUAAAAUAUCCUCAGUGGUAGACGGAUCAUGAGUUAGAGUCCUCUUCCCGUCAGGCUAACCGUAGGAAGCU